CUAACCUAACAGGUUAGGCAUUCAAUACGAUGGAACUGUCAAAGAGAACAAUAAAGGGUCUAUCUUAUUUACAAAAUGUUAAUGUAAUAAGUGAUGAGACGUUUGGUAAGCUGGUAGAAAUAACGAUUUCGCACGUAUGUGAAAAACCGGAUGCCAUAAGCGUCUCACAAAUCUAUGGCUCAAAGCCUGAUAUAAUAAAAGCAGUCUUCGCUGACCUGACCAUCCUCCUUGUGGAAGCAGGUCGACACAGCUACGACAAGGAGAAACUUAGUAACUAUCUACAAAGUGUGCAAAUCAGUGGUCCAAGGAUUGACAAGAUCUGUGAAUCUUAUUCCAAGUAUAGAACAACAAUAAAGAGAUGCUUGGAAAACAUUGGGACUAGUUUACCCCAUGUGGUAGACGUUUCCUGGUGUUUGGAUUAUUGCAUAAAGUCCAACACAGAAAACUCAGUUGGUAUGCCCUUAUACCAUAUACGACUGAGCACUAUAAAGCAAAGUGAGACAAUCUUUCUCAAAUUCACAUGCACUACACAGCAGUUACAGGAAUUAGUUUACAAACUUAAGGAUGCUGUACGUCAUGUUGAGAAGAUAGCCAAUACUUGAGUGCCAAGAUUUUGUUCCUGAAGAUAACAAAUCAAGUGUAAAAUAAGAUAAACCUUGGAAUCACAGGUGUAAUUCAAUUAUAUUUUUGCUGGAAAGAGAAAGAACAUCCCUUAGUCCACGUCAUUUCCUGUUUCCGGUCAUGGCGAACCAUCGAGGAUUCCUUUGAAGAUACUCGAGGCUGCACACUAUAUAAAUUUUUGUCAACCUACGAUAUAAAAAUGCCUUCUUUAAAUAACAUUAUAUUAAUUUAA